AUGGUAGACUGGCAAACAUGGACUUGUUCUCAAGGGAGAAAGAAUCGUGAGAUAUUCAGCCGGAAAUCUUGCGACAAUUACACACAGGACACAUGGGCAUGGAGAAAACCAAGCGUCGAGCUAGAAACAUUGUAUACUGGCCAAAUACGAAUAGAGACAUUGACUCUACAGUGCAAUCAAAAUCCUAAGAAACCUCUUGUCUCGACAAACAUUCCUGAAGGACCAUGGCAAGUCGUAGGAACAGAUUUGUUCAGCCUACACAACAGUGACUACUGGAUUGUUACCGAGUACUACUCCAGAUAUUUUGAAGUUGCAAAACUACCUAACACCAGAAGUGGAACUGUGAUUGACAGACUUAAGUCCAUGUUAGCGAGACAUGGCAUUCCGUAUGAAGUAAAGAGUGACAAUGGGCCUCAGUAUAUUUCACAGGAAUUCAGACAAUUUGCUAAGGAUUGGAACUUCAAGCAUACUACCUCUAGUCCUUACCAUCAACAAGCUAACGGACUUGCAGAGAGGACAGUUCAAACGGUAAAACAACUACUUGAGAAAUCGAGAGUUGAUGGAAGUGACCCUUAUUUGGCCAUACUGGAAUACAGGAACACAGCAACGGAUAUUGAAUCACCAGCUAAGUUAUUGAUGAGCAGAGGGUUGAGAUCCAUAUUACCUGUUACCAAAAGGCAACUUAGACCAAAAACGGUGAAACCCAGAGACGUCGUCAAGGAUCGAAAGGAAGCGGAAAGGAGACAACAAUAUUAUUUCAAUCGCUCAGCUCCAGAUCAACCAAAGAUUUCUAUGGGACAAGCUGUUCGAUUCUGA